CGGGAAAAGAAUAAAGGAAUAAACCUGAAUCGUAAAUUAUAGCGGGAACAACCACAAACUUUUUGUUUAAAAAUCGAUUAAUUGAGUUUAAAACAAACACAAUAACGCACUAUCAAAUCCAUCAAACAAAUCUCUCUGUGUGAAAAAUGGCGCCGAAUAAGAAAUCUAGGGUUUCCGAUGAUGAAGAAAUUGAAGAUCAACCUCAAAAGAGUCUCUACCAGGUUCUUGGUUUGGAGAAAACGGCCUCUCAACAAGAAAUAAAGAAGGCCUAUUACAAAUUGGCAUUGCGGCUCCAUCCGGAUAAAAAUCCUGGUGAUGAGGAGGCUAAAGAGAAAUUCCAGCAAUUGCAAAAAGUUAUUUCCAUUCUUGGAGAUGAAGAGAAACGGGCUCUCUAUGAUCAGACUGGUUGCAUUGAUGAUGAUGAUCUGGCAGGAGAUGUUCAGAAUCUUCACGCGUUUUUCAAAACAAUGUACAAGAAGGUUACUGAAGCUGAUAUUGAGGAGUUUGAAGCAAACUACCGGGGUUCUGACUCAGAGAAAAAUGAUUUGAUUGAGCUGUACAAGAAGUACAAGGGGAAUAUGAAAAGACUUUUUUGUUCAAUGCUUUGUUCAGAUGCUAAACUUGACUCACACCGAUUCAAGGACAUUCUUGACGAGGCUAUAGCUGCUGGAGAACUAAAGGCAACAAAAGCCUAUCAGAAAUGGGCUAAGGAAGUAUCAGAAACCAAACCACCCACAAGUCCUUUAAAGAGGAAGGCAAAGUCAAAUAAGCAGUCUGAAACAGAUCUGUGUGCAAUCAUAUCACAACGCCGAAAUGAGAGGAAAGGUCAGUUUGAUUCAAUGUUCGCGUCUCUAGUAUCAAAGUAUGGUGGAAGUGAUAUGCCAGAACCCUCUGAAGAGGAAUUUGAAGCUGCACAGAAAAAGCUGGAAAAGGGAAGAUCCUCAAAAAAAUCAAAGCAAUCAAAGCGAAAGUAAAAAGCAUACUAUUAUGUGUAUAGCUACUUUAUUUGGGUGAAGUGUGAGAACAUGGCAUUAGAUCCUUUCAUAUAGUAAUCAAAUGUUAGCGUAAUGGUUGUUCGUUUCUGUGGAUUUACUCUGGUGUUCUUUCUUAUGUGCAAUGUAGUGUGACUGGUUUGAAAGUUGAAACAACCAUUUUACUUCCGAGUUUGUGACAGUAAGUGAUUGAUGGUAUCAUUUUAUCAAUUUAUUAUGAA